CUCCUCCCCUUCUCUGCUAAUAUUAUCCUCGAUUCCAGGCCGCUCUGACUAGCCUCCACCCAUAGAAAGUAAUUUAUAGUAUCUGUAUGCUCCACCUUUCUUUCUGUACAAUUGACGACCUCUGCAGAAACUCUGUUGAUGUGCACAUGUGUUGAUCAUGCUUUGCCAGAGACUACUAACCCGUGUCCUUCAGACGAGAGCCUUCUCAACGGCUCCCACACUCUCCUAUGAGUACAUAAUCACCGAGACCAAAGGAGAAAAGAACAACGUUGGGUUCAUUAAGCUAAACCGUUUCAAGGCACUCAAUGCACUCUGUAGUCCACUCAUGACAGAGGUUAGUGAAGCCCUCACUGGGUUUGAGACCGACCCAAAGAUUGGGGCAGUCGUUAUCACCGGUAGCGACAGAGCAUUUGCGGCCGGAGCUGACAUUGGUGAAAUGCAGAAUAUGGAGUUUCCUGAAGUCUACACCAAGCAGUUUUUGACCAAAUGGUCAUUCCUGAAGCAAGCGCGUAAGCCUGUCAUUGCUGCCGUUAAUGGUUUCGCCCUGGGAGGAGGUUGUGAGGUGGCCAUGAUGUGUGACAUCAUCUACGCUGGAGAGAAGGCUUUCUUUGGUCAGCCGGAGAUCAACUUGGGGGUCAUCCCAGGGGCAGGGGGUACACAGAGGCUGGUCAGGGCCAUUGGGAAGUCAAAGGCCAUGGAAAUGGUGCUCACAGGAGAGAAAAUGUCUGCCCAGGAUGCUGAGAAGGCCGGUCUAGUGAGUAAGGUGUUCCCAGUGGAGGAGGUGGUGGGAGAGGCUAUUAAACUGGGGGAGAGGAUCGCUGGCAUGUCCAAGGUGGCUGCUGCCAUGGCAAAGGAGUGUGUGAAUGCCGCAGACAACCUCUCUCUGGAUGAAGGAGAACGUCUUGAGAAGAGAAUGUUCCACUCUCUGUUUGCCUGUAAGGACCAGAAGAUUGGAAUGACUGCAUUCCUGGAGAAGAAGCAACCAGAGUGGACUGACAGUUAACUUGUUAGCUAGCUAGAGACGUACGUACCUGUGACCUAUUGUGUAUAGCCAAACUGUGGUAUAGUUUUGUGAUUUAUAAUGUUGGUUUUCAAUAGCA